UGGCCAGAGUUUGCUUCUUGCCAGGAAAUCCGCGGCGGCGGCGGCGGCGGUUCCCGGUGGUGGAGCGGCGCCCGGCCGACUCCCCGCUCCCGUACAGCGGGCCGCGGGAGCUGCGGCGCCACGAGCCCCGUGCACGCCGCGGGCAGCCGCGCUUCCCCAUACAGCGAAUCUUGGCUGCUUGGAUCCAUGAGUUCCGUUAAAGGACGCCAAACCUGAAGCCCGAGUCUGCCCUCUGAGGAGAAAGCAGACACAUGAGUCACUGCAGAAUGGGGACAACCAGUGACGAGAUGGUGUCUGUGGAGCAGACCUCCUCUUCCUCCCUCAACCCACUGUGUUUUGAAUGUGGCCAACAGCACUGGACAAAAGAAAACCACUUGUACAAUUACCAGAACGAAGUGGAUGAUGACCUCGUCUGCCACAUUUGCCUGCAGCCCCUGCUGCAGCCGCUGGAUACGCCCUGUGGACACACAUUCUGCUACAAGUGCCUCCGAAACUUUUUACAGGAGAAAGAUUUCUGUCCGUUGGACCGAAAAAGACUGCACUUUAAGUUGUGUAAGAAGUCUAGUAUUCUGGUUCAUAAACUGCUAGACAAACUGUUGGUUUCAUGUCCAUUUUCUUCAGUGUGCCAAGAUGUAAUGCAACGCUGUGAUCUGGAGGCACAUCUUAAGAACAGGUGUCCAGGAGCUUCUCAUCGGAGAGUUUCCCUAGAAAGAAGGAAAACUAAUAAAACUCAGGCCGAGAACGAGAAUGAAAAUGGACCCACAAUCAUCGAUGCUCCAGGAACUUUAUUGCCAGAAAUGGACUGUCCCGGACCGGGCCCCUUGGCCCCCGAACGAAACUCAACAUCGGCGGCCCUUCCCGUGUGGACGGAGGAGCCUGGCCUGGACAACCCUGCCUUUGAGGAGAGCGCAGGGCCCGACACCAUACAACAGCCACUUAGUUUACCAGAGGGAGAAAUUACCACUAUUGAAAUUCACCGAUCCAAUCCAUACAUUCAAUUAGGAAUUAGCAUUGUGGGUGGCAAUGAGACGCCGCUGAUUAACAUUGUCAUCCAGGAAGUCUAUCGGGACGGGAUCAUCGCCAGAGAUGGGAGACUCCUGGCUGGAGACCAGAUUCUUCAGGUCAACAACUAUAACAUCAGCAACGUGUCCCAUAACUACGCCAGAGCCGUCCUCUCGCAGCCCUGCAGCACGCUGCAGCUCACCGUGCUGCGGGAGAGGCGCUUCGGCAGCCGGGCACACAGCCAUUCCGAUGGCACUUCUCCCCGGGAGGAGAUCUUCCAGGUGGUUCUUCACAAACGGGACUCCGGGGAACAGCUCGGCAUUAAACUGGUCCGAAGGACAGAUGAGCCCGGCGUUUUUAUCCUUGACCUGUUGGAAGGGGGCCUGGCCGCCCAGGACGGCAGGCUCAGCAGCAAUGACCGAGUGUUGGCCAUCAACGGGCAUGACCUGAAGCAUGGCACCCCGGAGCUCGCUGCCCAGAUUAUUCAGGCCAGUGGAGAGAGGGUCAAUUUAACAAUUGCUAGACAAGGGAAAGCCCAGCCUGGAAACCCUGUCCGAGAAGCAGCAAGCCACAGCGGCAGCAGCCAGCACCACUCCCAGUCGCUCUACCCCAGCAGACCAACCUCGCAUAAGGAUCUUACUCAAUGUGUCACAUGCCAAGAAAAACACAUUACUGUUAAAAAGGAACCACACGAGUCCCUUGGAAUGACAGUGGCUGGGGGCAGAGGGAGUAAGAGUGGCGAACUGCCCAUCUUUGUAACCAGCGUACCACCGCAUGGCUGCCUCGCACGAGAUGGCAGAAUCAAGAGAGGUGACAUACUGCUGAACAUCAACGGCAUCGACCUGACCAACCUGACUCACAGUGAGGCUGUGGCGAUGCUCAAGGCCAGUGCUGCCUCCCCUGCUGUGGUCCUGAAGGCACUGGAGGUCCAGGUGGUGGAGGAUGCGGCCCAGACCCUGGAAGAGCAGCCCAGCACCGUCAAUGAGAAUGAGUACGAUGCCAGCUGGUCCCCGUCCUGGGUCAUGUGGCUUGGCCUCCCAAGUGCCCUUCACAGCUGCCACGACAUCGUCUUACGGAGAAGCUACUUGGGAAGCUGGGGCUUCAGUAUCGUCGGAGGCUAUGAAGAGAACCACACCAACCAGCCUUUCUUCAUUAAAACCAUUGUCUUGGGGACACCUGCCUACUAUGAUGGAAGACUGAAAUGCGGAGACAUGAUUGUGGCCGUGAAUGGCCUGUCCACCGUGGGCAUGAGUCACUCUGCACUGGUGCCCAUGCUGAAGGAGCAAAGGAACAAAGUCACCCUCACAGUCAUUUGCUGGCCUGGCAGCCUUGUGUAAAUUUUUGAAAUUGAUUAUCAGUCAUGCAUCUUCCUUUUUUGAGGUCUUUGAAAGAAAAUCGUUUGAUUUCGUUGUUUUUCUGAUUUGGAGCUAUUGGGGGAACAGCUGGUAUACACGGGGCCAAAACUCACCAUGAUGGUCCACCUGUUAGUGUUGAAAUUGUUUCUCUUAGCUUGGAAGCAUUGUCUCCAACUAACCCCUGGUGAGUUUAUAUUUUUGAAAUUCAGACGUUCCGCUGUCAAAGUGUUACAGUAGUGAAUGAAGCCCACUGUAACUGUGACCCGGCCAGCUGACGAAAGGACUUCUGGGGGCUCUGUUUUCAGUACUGAAUCGUACAAGUUACGGAUCCCAGGACAAUUAUCAGCAAAGCCAGUAAUAGCAGCCAGCAGCUGUCGCUGGUCCCAGCCAAUGCCACGAUCACAUACAUUUGAAAUCUGCUGAUAAGUUUCCACCAUUUUUCAUGUGCCAACAUUUCAAAACUUGAUCCUGUUUAUAAGUUUUCUAAUAUGUGUUAUUUCUACUUUAAUCUCUCAGUACUCAUAGAUAAUGAAGACAUAAAUCUGAUACCAUUAAAGAGACUUUUUUAAAAAAAAUAGUGAGCUAUUAUUAGAGUAGUAUGGAAUAAAAUAUAAUGUUAUCCAAUGACAAAGGAAUUUAGAGGGUAAUUAUAGUUUAGUGCUAGAGAUGUUGAAAAGCUGUGUUUACUUGAAUAGUCCAAAAGCAUUAAGGAUUUACUUCCAAAGGAAUGUUUUGCUAUGUAGGACAAGUUUGAAGCAGUUUUUGCAAAAAGUCAUUUCUAGAGUUUGUACUAUACUUACCAACGGUCUUGGCUGGACAUGUUUUUGUGAUUUAUGCAGUUAAACUAGAUGAUGAAUCCAAAACCUUACUGCUGUUAAAUAUACAAACAUAUAUCGCAGCUAAGUAGAAAGGAGAGAUUUUAAUUUAAUUCAGAUAAGAAUAUUCGUUCUUGUACCUUAGAGACCCUUACAUUUCCUGUUGUUCCUUAGGAACCUAAUCGUUUUAAGUAAGAUACGAAGAAGUUCUGCUUUUUUUUUUUUUAAUCUGCAAUUACAGGUUUUAGAUGUUAAUAUCUUUGAAUCAGCUAUUGGUCACUAGGUUAUUUCAUAUUUUUUGAAAUGUUUUUGAAGUGCUUUUGAAAUUCUGACUAGCCCAUUUUGUCUGUCCUUCAUUUGUUACGGUUGUCCUUCGGAAAACACGUGAAGAAGUCAAUAAGAGAAGAAUGUUUUUACCUUACUAAUAAUCAUGCAUACUUGAAAAGUGACAUUUAGACGCCGAGUUCAGAACCUGAGCUAAUGUGCAGGUGACCUCCGUGCUGAAUGGUGUUGAUCGUCGGCGAAUGUGUCUCGGAGUGCUACUGCGUGUCAUGAAGCGCGUACACUUUAUCUGCAAACUUAGCAAGUAGAAUUGCCGGGGUUAACGGAUAAUUCCAGUUGGUUUUAUAAUUUUUUAAAAAUCCUAUCUCUUUGGAAUAAAUAGUGACAAUCAUUGCUGCCCGCUUUGGUCCCUGAGAUGCGCUGUCAGGAGGGCUUGUGACCAAGGUCUGGUGGCACGCCCCACACGGUGGGUUCCUGUCACUCAUUAUUGGCAAUUUAAUAGUGAAGUGCUCUGAACUUAUAAUUUGCCUGGAACAAGUUUUCUUCCUGCUCUCCAAACAGAAUUUUGUAACGAAUUUUGCUAUCUUCUUAAACACCAGUUUUUAACAACGGAUAAUAGAGAGGGGUUGUCUGUCCAUCAGCAAAUAUCAUAACUGCUGGAUAUAGAUGUGUAAGUAUCUGCUAAAUACUUACAUUGAGUCAGAGGGUGUAGUGUAUUGAAAGAAGAAAUGUCUUCCAUUUUUGGUAGUUCGUGGAAAUUCGAGAUGAGCCAAAGUGUCUAAGAUUUUAUGGCGGAAGACAGCAGCUUUUGGUCACAGUGAUAUUUGGUGCUGGCAGCUUGUUCAUAAUUUGUUGUUACUACGGAAGUAUUUUGGAUUGUCCUCAGUUACAUCCUUAUAGUUAAACAGCUUGAUUUGCUCUGUGCCUUCUGUCUAAAUUAUUGAGGAUUUUUCAGAUGUGUUUGAAUACUGAUGUGAUCAUCAUCGAGGAUGGAAAUAAAAGUCAUCCUUUCUGUA